AUGUUUCUUGAUCGUCUGAAGGAACAACGACUAAAAGCGCCCGCAGCAGUGACUGUCUUUGGUCUUUUUGAACGUCUGACGCAGGCGUUUGACACGGUUGUGUCGAAUCCCCAAGAGACUGUGGCCCGCCUAUGUUCUAGACUGCAUUUCCCAGAACGCUUCCUUUCGGCAUACGCAAGAUUGCUAGCCUGCAGGCUCUUGCCAGAGUGGGUCACCUGGGGACUUAGCGGCAGGCAAGGUCCCCUGGAGUGCGACAAGCUUGUUAGCCGUCUGGAUCGAAUCCCAAUCCAUGUACGGCUAGCACGUGCUCGCCGUGCGGCGGGGAACAAUCAUGCUGCAUACAUGGCCUUCUUCGAAAGCACUGACGCCCCAGAAAGCCGGCGGGAAGUGGGCUCUGUAGAUGUCUUCUCGGGUGUAGCAGCAGCAGUUUGUGCCUUGGAGUUGAGAGUAUGGGAGGCAAUACAACAUGCGUUCGAGGCCCGCUGCCCCGUUCCGCCCGAAGAGCAGUGGCGUGUUCGACAGGUUAUAUCGGACAUUGCUGCGGCAAGAGAGACCUUGCUUCUAUAUACAAGACACGUAAGACAGAAAAAGAAUUCUCUAGCUUCUAGAGCAGCGGCUGUUUCUUCCAACGUAACGGCCACAGAAGCUUCUCGUGCAGUGGACACUGCACAGGCUGGCGCAGGCCAGCAGCUGGAGCACCGUAGGGCCUUUUUGCAUGAUCGUCAUGAAGUGGACUCAGAGCCCACAUUCCGCUCAACCGUUUCAACAGGGCGUAGCAGUGACCGGUCAGGCAGGUUUGAGGCCUUGGUGCUCACGAAGACAGCCUGGGAGACGUAUCUCCCUCUAGCGGCCCCUGAAGUGAGUCGCCUCCCACCUCAGCAAAUGGGCUCCGAUGUCCUCCCAGGCAGACUUACCAACCAUUUGGUUAAUGUUGGAGGGCUCAAGAUCCCGAAAGAGCUGCAUACGUACUUAGAGGCAUUUGGCAGCAUGUACAAGGCCCAUUUUCCAGAGCGGCAGCUUCACUGGCUGUGGAAGGCUGGGCACGCAGACAUGACUGUCAUCCUUCGCCAGCAGCAGCAUGAGGCUCAACCGCUCAUUGGGACCUCUGGAGAACUGAAAACAGCAGACUUUCGCGUCUGCUUGAUCACAUCAUUUGUACUGCUUCUCUUUAAUGAGGGUCCACUGGAUGCAGAAGAGAGAGCAAAGCUCGAUGCAAAAGUCGUGAGGCUGUUCAAGCAGCACCGUCGGCUGACUCAUCAGCAACUGAUGCAGCUUCUGCAACGACCGGUUGAGAAACCUCCUACCGCAAGUGAACGCGUAGAUUGUUGCGGCUUGAGGCCAGAAACCGUAAAGGCGUCUCUUGAAGGUUUAAUGUCGAAAGAGUACAUCACUAGAGACGAAUCAGACCGCAAUCAGCUCGCCGGAGCUAAUUCGUGGCUGUUUAGUGCAGGCAUGAAGCCUCAAAAAGUCGCCUCACCCUUGGGGCUAUCGGAGGCGAGUAUAGAUAUGUAG